UCAAGUAGUUGGGGCCGCAGUGUGGAACUGGAGGCACCUGAAGAAAUUUAACACAAGUACAUCUGUUAGGAACUUGUAAAAAGUCUUCUUAAGGUCUAACGCAAUGUCUAAAAGCUGGUUCUCACACUGUGUCUGCAUAGUCAACCUGAUAGCAACCGUUACCAUCACCAUCACUCCAGUCCACGGCAGCUGCUACAAGGCAGAGAUGGAAUCAGAUGUGCAAAUGCCAGGAUUUUACUCGCAAAGGAUGAGAUACAAUGUAUGCGUGGACAAUACAACAAUAUACCCAAGAAUCGCGGAGACGCCCCAAAGCACGGUGUAUUUUGAACGAGACUGUUGUGGUUGUCGCGUAUCUGGUUUUGUGGAUACGGAGGUCCAGCUGUUGACCUUGACCUCACCAUCUCGCUACGAGACUGUGUUUAUCCCCAACAUCCAGUUCUGCGAGUGCAUACCGUGCAACAACCGGCUCUACAGUUGGACCAACUACUUCAACUCGCUACCUAACAUCAUCUAGCACGGAACUUUGAAAAUCGGGAAUUCAAGUGUGAUAAUAAUAGUUUAACAAUCGGGAAUUUAAGUGUGAUAAUAAUAGAACGUUUUCAUCUAACUAUACUGCAAUAAAGUUGAACUAUUCAAUUCACUACCUAACAUUAUCUAGCACGGAACUUUAACAAUCGGGAAUUCAAGUGUGAUAAUAAUAGAAUGUUUUCAUCUAACUAUACUGCAAUAAAGUUGAACUACUUCAAGUAUCUUUCAUUAACUUAGAAAAACAGAACUGGAUUUGAAAAAAAAAAUCUGGUGUAUUUAGAAUUUUUUUAAAUAAA